GCAGGCUGCAGCCAGAGCUGAGGUGCCACGAUGAGGAGAGCUGGCGAGCGAGCAGGCCUCCUCCUGCUUGGUCUGAUGAUCGCAACCUGUGGAGUGGCCCUGGAGCCCUCCUGCCCAGAAGCACAGGUGGUGGGCCUGGGUGGCAAUGAGAAGAUAGCCUGGGGAUGUCCAGGCUUCCCUGGAGCAGCAGGGCCCCAGGGGACCCCGGGCAUUCCUGGGGCCAAAGGCGAAAAAGGCUUGCAGGGAAUCCCUGGGAAAAUUGGACCUCCUGGGGUAAAAGGAGAAAAAGGUGCUGUGGGAAGCCCUGGGGCAAGAGGAAAUAAAGGUGAUGUGGGCAACAAAAGAGAAAUUGAUGAGAAGGGGCUGGACACUCUCCAGUGCAAGCGAGGUGCCCGAAACUGCAAAGAGCUCUUGGCCAAGGGGGUGGUCCUGAGCGGCUGGUACACCAUCUACCCCCAGGACUGCCAGCCCCUGCAGGUGCUGUGCGACAUGGACACCGAGGGAGGCGGAUGGAUCGUCUUCCAAAGGCAGUCAGACGGCUCGGUGGAUUUUUACCGGGACUGGGCUUCCUACAAGAGAGGCUUUGAAAGCCAACUCACAGAAUUCUGGCUGGGAAACAACAAUAUCCACCUCCUGACCUCUCUGGGAGAGAACGAACUGUGCGUUGACCUUGCUGAUUUCAACAACGAACAUUCCUUCGCCAAAUACACGUCCUUCCGGGUGGUAGGGGAAACUGACCAGUAUCGGCUGACUCUGGGCGCCUUCAGCGGGGGCCCUGCAGGCGACUCGCUCUCUGGCCACAACAACAUGCCCUUCUCCACCCGAGACAAGCAGCAGAACCCCAAGAACUCCAAAUGCGCCGAGGUGUACAAAGGGGCCUGGUGGUACAACGUCUGCCACACCGCCAACCUCAACGGGAAAUACCGCCUUGGAGAACACAAGUCCUUCGCGGACAGCAUCAACCGGAAAACAGGGAAAGGCUACAACUACUCCUAUAAGCGCUCCGAGAUGAAAAUCCGGCCGCUGGUGUAGGCGGCUCUUUCGGUCGAUGGUGAUUUCUUUCUGAGGGGUUCCAAAGGGCACCUAGUCCAUCCCCAAUGAGC